UAAAAUCUAUCCGCUGGCGGUGGCGGUCCAUUUCGCAGGAUUGGAGUCGCGGCGGCGAUUGGCGAGAAUCUUUUCGGAUCGUAGCCGGCAGCAAGGCUAACAAGAAGAUGGUGAAGUUUCUGAAGCCCAACAAGGCCGUCAUCAUCCUCCAGGGCCGCUUCGCCGGUCGGAAGGCGGUGAUCGUUCGGGCCUUCGACGACGGCACGCGGGAGCGCCCUUACGGCCACUGCCUAGUGGCCGGCGUCGCCAAAUACCCUAAGAAGGUCAUUCGCAAGGACUCGGCGAAGAAGACGGCCAAGAAGUCGCGGGUGAAGCCCUUCCUGAAGCUGGUCAACUAUAACCACAUCAUGCCCACCCGCUACACCCUCGACGUGGAUCUGAAGGACACUGUCACCCUCGAUGCGCUCCAGUCCCGGGACAAGAAGGUUUCUGCUUCCAAGGAGACGAAGGCCCGCUUCGAGGAGCGAUUCAAGACCGGAAAGAACAGGUGGUUUUUCACCAAGCUCAGGUUUUAAUCUAAUGAUGUGCCUUUUUUUUUGCUUCAUUUGCAUAACCAGUUCUACUGCGAUUAGCGUUUUGUAAGAUCUGUUAGCUGUCAUGUCGAUCAGCCGUCUGUCGAAUCGUUGUGAUUCAUGAAUAGAUCGACAUUUAAUUUCGUUUUGUCGCUUAGACUGUUAUCGAUUAUCGUUCAACUUUAAUUUGCUUGCGAUUGCAUCCCUAUUUCUUUCUUCA